GCGCACGUCGGGGCGGGGCGGGUUGGUCGCGCGCGUGCGCAGAAGGAGGGUCGAGGCCGAGCAGCGAGCGAGCGGAACCCGGCCGGGUGGGUCCGUCCCUUCGUGGUCUGCGCUCCGCCGCCUUGCCCCGCUGCUACCGUCGCCGCCGCCGCUAUGGGAGUGCAGGUGGAGACCAUCUCUCCCGGGGACGGACGCACCUUCCCGAAGCGCGGGCAGACCUGCGUGGUGCACUACACCGGGAUGCUGGAAGAUGGAAAGAAAUUCGAUUCUUCCCGGGACAGAAACAAGCCCUUUAAGUUUAUGCUAGGCAAGCAGGAAGUGAUCCGAGGCUGGGAAGAAGGGGUUGCCCAGAUGAGUGUGGGUCAGAGAGCCAAACUGAUUAUCUCCCCAGACUACGCCUAUGGUCAUACUGGACACCCAGGCAUCAUCCCACCCAACGCUACUCUCUUCUUUGAUGUGGAACUUCUAAAGCUGGAAUGACAGGAAUGGCUUCCCCCUGCGCUCCCCAUUCUUGGAUGUGCCGUGGAGGGAUCUGGCACCUCCCAACGCCAGCAGGCGGAUCCACACGGAGCUUUUCCUGACGUCCCACUCCACUCUGUAGAAACAUCUUCCCCGACUGAAUGUUCUAUCACCUGGCUUUGCUCUUCCCCUUUCUCCUCGUAUGUGUGUUGACCAACUAUAUGCCAUAAACCUCAAGUUAGUUGUUUUAUUCUGUUUUCAUUUUGGGGUGAAGAUUCAGUUUCGGUCUUUUGAAAUAGGUUUCCAAUGAAGUAUUAGUCGAGUAUUAACAGCACAAGCAAUGGGUUAACUUCAGAAUGGGAAUUGGUGUGGGUGGGAGGAGUGCAAGAAUUUUUAUUUUAUUUUUUUUUGAUGAAAUUUUUAUUAUAUAUUAAACAUUCUUGCUGCUGCGCUGCAAAGCCAUAGCAGAUUUGAGGCGCUCUUGAGGGCGGAAAUAUUCUCUGAGUUGAGAGAAGUCCUUGGGUUGAAUGAACAGCCCUACCUAAAAUGAAGUGGGGAGAGCCUUUGCCUUCACUGCCUGCCCCACCCUCCCCUUAAUAUCCUUUGCCUUCGAAAGCAGAUUGUUUUCACGACAAUGAUGGACACUACAGGUAUCCUCUGGGCCUCUCAGGACCCCUGAAGCCUUCUCUGUGGCCGGGCCCUUCCCUCUGUCCCUCCCUUCCCCCUUCCUGUGGUUUUUCUAAUGGAUAUUCAGGACUUUUUGUAAUCUAGUUAUCCAAACUACACUUCCUAAAUUUUAAGAACUUCAACGGAAAGUUUAAAUUGAAGGUGCUGUUUCUCACCACCAGUGAAAGCCCCGUCGUCACGACCAACCCUCAAGUGUUCUCUUGGGAAUGACGCUGCUCGUCGCAGCUUCGGCAACUCUGUCCUCUGAUGCUCGGCUCCCUGCCCGUUUCAAAGUCCCUGGCUCUUCCUCCUCUCCCCCUCUCACCCCUUUGCUGUCUUGUGUAGUGAUUUGGUGAGAGAAAUUAUUGCUGCCCACCCCACCUCCCCGCACUACGUAUGAGUUUCAAGUUUUAUUAUUGCAAUAAAAGUGCUUUAUGCUGGC